GAACCCCCCACGAAGCACCUGGCUGAUUCGCACUAACAAAUUGUACUGUCGGAUGUGCGUGAAUCUGCAUCCAGAGGAGACCUCAUCCGGACCCAAGAAAUGACGGCGCUCGUAGGCAAUCGCAGAUCGACACUCCGUUGAUAGACAUCAGAGAAGGCCAUCUCAUAUCACACGUACGAUAUGGAUCAGUGGAUGUUCUUAGAGGAUGAUCCUGACUUGGUUGCCGACCUGCUCCUCUUCUGCCCUGGGUCGGCUCCUCUCACGGGACCUCCGUCUCUACCCCCACCUCCACCGUCCCGGUUCGGAUGCGCCUCUGCAAAUCAGUGCUCUGCAGUCCCUCUGAGCGAAGUUUUCACCUUUAAUGAACACGGUCGACCUCCAAACUUACCGCUGGUGACAGUCGGCUCCACUCUCGUGUUCAGUGUUGUUUGCCUCGUUGCAUUCUUCGCGUUCCGACACCACAAACUUAGGAUGGAUUCGUUUCUGGCCUUCAAGCCAAGCAGCGACUUGAAUCAUGUCGUCCUGGGUUUGUCCGGAGGACGCCAUCAAGGUCCCGCGUCGUUGAUAAACAAGGAAGAGAACGACUCUGGUAUGCCAGACAUGUACGGCGGCUACGGGACGACGUUGCCAUUAGGCGCGAAAGUUCCCGCUCUCACACCCUCGUUAGUGAUUCUGGACAGGGGAAAGUUGGCCUCAACGUCAAGUAAGGAGCAUCUGAAUCCGAUUUACGAGGAACUUGAUCAAAGAGAUUAUGAGUGCUCGGCACAUGAAUUCUCGCAAGCUUACCGUCCAACCGAUAGAAAAUACCAGUUCGUGGCCAUGCGACCCGGAGAGAACAUUUACGCUUCGAUUGAAGAUCAGCGGUUCUGUUAGAAUUCCAUCAACUCCGAAGAGGAAGUUCCAUAGUGUAAAUACACGACCGUGUAAAUGGAGACGUCAUGAAGGAGGUUCAUCAACGAAGCCCCGACCCAGAAGGCAAGGGGGAAGACGGCCUCUAUUAGAUUCCAUUAUCAUGAACCUCUCCCCCGUGUGGGGAGAUCGAAAGUAUCGCGUGUACAAUUAAAGGAUCCACAGCUCGGUCAUGAUAUCAGCUUCUCGAGAUCCCGUCUGAGGGAGAGUGAGCUUUGCUCAAUGGUGUG